AUGAACGGCCAGUCUUCUGCGCCCAAACCGCCCCAGGGCAUUUUCCUGAUCAGCUACGCUCGCACUGCCUCGAAUCUACUCUGCAAGAUUCUCGCUCUCGAGGAGCAACCGCGCGCUUUCUCAAAUGAGUCCAACGGCUAUUACUUUCGAUCGGCUUUUCUGCCUCAUUGGAUGACUGGCAACCCGUAUCGACCGUUGGGAGAGCGGAGUACCGACGAAGUUCAAGAAAUGCAAAGCGUCUAUCAGCAAUGUUACGAGAAUCUGGAGCGUGAAUCCAAUGCUUGCCUGGAACAGGGCAAGAUCUUUUUCUUCAAAGAACAUGCGCCAUGGUUCUCUAAUCCUGCUGCGAUUAGCGAGUGGCUGGGCGAACCGGCUGGUCAUCCAAAGUCGGCCUUUCAAGUCCGACCUGUUGGCGUUGAUGAAGGGUCCUCGUCGCAGACACCAACUCAGACUUGGUCCAAGGAGAAUCACACCAUUCUGUGCGAUGAGAUUCUCCAGAAAUGGCGGCCCGUUUUCUUGAUCAGACAUCCUGCCUUGGCUUUCCCGUCUUAUUACCGAGCUACACUUGAGGUACACAAGGGUGGCAAGGCGCAUAGUUCCGAGAUGAUGCCUCUACUACGAGCAAGUAUGACCCUGCGAUGGAAUCGUUUCAUAUAUGACUGGGCGUGCAGGUUCGAUCCGCACCCGUUGAUGCUUGAUGCGGACGAUGUCAUUUUGAACCAAGCUGCCAUCGUCCAAUUCUGUGAGGAUAUCGGGUUGGACUCGACCCGAUUGCGAUUCAGUUGGGAUCCAUCGGCCGAUUCUCGCGCGCAACUCUCGGGCUCUCCGGAGGAGUAUGCCGCCAGAGCGAUGUUUAAAAAUAUCUUUGGCAAGACCUUGCUGAAUUCAUCAGGGAUUUUGCGAACCAAGAGUCAAACACACGUGGAUAUUGCGGCCGAGGCUGAGAAAUGGAAGACGGAAUUUGGUCCUGAGAUGGCCGCUUUUGUUGAGAAGGCCGUGAGAGAGGCGAUGCCGGACUAUGAGUAUCUUCGGGCAAGACGAUCGUACGAGCGCAUUUCAGAGGGGGUCUCUGGAUAG